AAAGUUUUUACGCAAGAAAAACAAACGUAGUGCCACAACACCUCGAGAAUCAUGUAAGAAAGUCGAAAACAUUGGAUAUACAUUAUGAUAUCGAAAAAACAAACAUUUGUUACAUAUGCGCAAUGCGUGCAUCGUGUAAAGCAAAACAGAAAGCUAAUCCCACCAUUUAAUCAUGAAAGGCCAGAUUCUUGAUCUUUGCUGCCCUCCGAAAUGUUUGACAACAAUUCUUGGAUACGAUUUGCCAGCCCUAAAGCUUCUCGAUCUACCUUUAAUUGACGCCUGUGCAAACUCUGUAAAAUUCGCCACCGUUUCAUAUCCAUAAAUACAGGACAGGAGGGUUUGCCUAACGUGAAAAGAUAUAAGCAGGUGAAGUAUAUGACAUACCUUGGAAGUCCACAAGCAGUCAUGUGCUUUCCGAGGGAUUAUGUGAAUAUGAGUCUGUAAUUUGGAUGUUAAAAGUGAUCAUCUCCCUCAAAAUAAUUAAACAGGUUAGUCAGCUAGUGAAUGAUAUGUUAGUUCUACCAACACAACUAAUAGUUGUUUCUUUAAUUCAAUACCGAAAAACAUGAUAUCGAUAUAUGAGAUUGUGGAAAAUCAAGACAUAUAUUUUAUGAUAAUGAAAAAGUUUAAAUAUUCUUAAUGAAUCAACAUGUAAAAUAUAUUCAUUAAAAGUAUUUAAAUGAUUUCUUAUGCAGUACCGGCAUGAUGAUUUUUACUUUUCUUAUUGUAUUUUCAUCUUUGAAAGUCAAUAAACAAUUACUUCAUUGGUUCCCAAGAAACAAAAUGGAACCUAGAAAAUGAAGGAGAGAACAACUACUUACAUGAAAUAUAACUUGGCCUGCUGCUGCACCAUUGUUAACCAAUAAAUUGAAUGAAUCUGCACAGUCCAAUACCUCUAGUUAAUUAAAUUCACAUGGUCCUCACUUGGUGUACUUAAACAGUACUGUGGAAAAUACAUUGUCAUCUAAGUCUUCUCAUGGAGAUGUUACCUUUGUCAUCGACUUGGUAAUUAAAGUGAUCUGGUUCAAUCCAAUAGAGUUUCUAAUCAUCACACUUGUCUGUUUGGUUUACAGGAAAAUUCACUUGAAAAUUAUAGGUAGCAUAACAUAUGGUUAUUUUACCCUUUAUUUUCAGUUAAAGAAAAAUAAAAGAGAAGAGUUUAGAAAACUUCUCCGAUGAAGUUGAUUUUUCUGAAAGAGGUAAAAGAAUAUCUUUUACCCAUCUUUUAAGUACUU